AUGGCUGGUCAGACGAUACUGCAGGUGAAGCCGGAUGUGGAGGUCCUGGGCUGGCGUUGCUACACGUGGUCUGCAGUUCCACAACAGAGGGAGGAAGGGGAGGAGGAAGAUGAAGAGCAAGGGGAGAAGUUUGGGUUUGUCGACAGUGCUGAUGAAGUGAAAGAGCCAGCGGAUUGUAAAGACCCUGUCUCAGACUCUGUAAAAGCCAGUCAAAAUUCAAACCAGGUCUCUGGCCCCGUUGAGCUGGUUGAGCCCAGUGCCGGAGCACCCUCCGUGGGAGAGCAGGCCCAGGGAGGUUCUGGUCCUGGAGAGGCGUUACCCGUGGAGAAGCAGACUGACUGGGAAGACCAUAGUGUGGAGAUACCCAAGGAGAGUUCAAGUCUGAGGGAACACUCUGAAGAUGUGACUGAUGCUGAGGCUGAGGCUGAUGCAGAGCCCCAGACAGGGAUCCUAGAGGUGAUCUAUGAUGACGUGCCCUGUGAGGGACCACUCUCUCCUGACGAAGGGGACAUGCUCUAUGAGGAUGUGCACAGAGAAGAAGGGCCCCAGGGUGCAGGCAAUGAUUGGAGCUCCAGUGAGUUUGAGAGCUACGAAGAGCAGUCUGAUACUGAGACAAACUACCAACCUCACAGUAACUCUCCUGACCUGCGUUGGCUGAGGGAGCGUUGUGCCAGGACCAAACGUGAAAUAGUCAUGAGGCUGGGUGGCAAAAACAACUACAACACCAAGGUUCAUCAGCUAAUGAAGGCCGCCAGGAGUGGGACCAAGGAUGGACUGGACAAGACCAGAAUAGCCUUUAUGCGGAAAGUCUCCUUCCUGCACAAGAAGGACCACUCAGAGGAUGUGGAGGAUGACGCAGGGUACCUGGAUGUGGCUGUGUCAGAUGAUCCUCCUGCACAGCUGAGCCACAUGCCUGAGGGACUGAGCAGCCAGCAGGUGGUCAGACGUCACAUCCUGGGCUCCAUCAUUCAGAGUGAGCGCAGUUAUCUUGAAUCCCUCAGGAGAAUCCUUGAGGAGUACCAGAGCCCCUUGCUGGAGGCGGACCCACACAUCCUGAGCCCACGGAGGAUCCGGCCUGUAUUUUACCGCCUACGGGAGAUCACUCAGUGUCAUUCCAUGUUCCAGAUCGCACUGGCGUCACGUGUGGCUGAGUGGGACAGCAGUGAGAAGAUUGGGGACCUAUUUGUGGCCUCGUUUUCUAAGUCGAUGGUGCUAGAUGUUUACAGCGACUAUGUCAAUAACUUCACCAAUGCCAUGGUCCUCAUAAAAAAGGCGUGCAUGUCCAAACCAGCCUUCCUGGAAUUCUUAAAGAUGAAACAGGCGUCCAGUGUUGACCGGAUCACCCUGUACGGCCUCACGGUGAAGCCCAUCCAACGUUUUCCCCAGUUCAUCCUAUUACUGCAGGACAUGCUGAAGAACACACCUAAGGGUCACGUAGACUGCCUGCCUCUGCAGCUGGCUCUGACUGAACUAGAAAUGUUGGCCGAGAAGCUGAAUGAACAGAAGCGUGUGUCCGACCACAUAGCUGAGACUCAGCAGCUAGCACGCAGUGUCAGCGACUGCUCGCUCAGCAAGCAACUGAACUCAGACCAGGGGUCGCUGGUGCUUUGUGAGACACUGAUUGAGACGGUGUAUGGGGAACGAGGCCAGGUGCUGAAGUCUAAGGAGCACAAAGUCUUCCUCUUCAACGAUAUCCUCAUAUGUGCCAACAUCAACGUCAAGGGGCCCCUUGAUAUCAGCAGCCUAGUCCCUGUUGGUCCUAAGUACACCAUGAAGUGGAGUGCCCCCCUGCUGCAGGUCCAGGUAGUGGAGGUGGGUCAGGAGGCCUCCCAGGAGACCCUGUUCCAACAUGGUGGUGCCAAGCACCCUGGCAGUGCCUGUCCCCCAGGGAAAGUGAUCCUGGGUCCUCCGCGACUUUACCAGGAACUCCAGGACCUGCAGCACGACUUGUCUGUGGUGGAGGAGGUCACACUACUGGUGGGAACACUACAGGGGACAUACCAGAACCUGAACACGACUGUGGCCCAGGACUGGUGUCUAGCUCUACAGAGACUCAUUCGGAUCAAGGAGGAUCAACUUCAGAGUGCCAACAAGUGCCGCUUACGCCUGCAGGUGCCUGGGAGACCAGACAAGUCGGGACGUCCCGUCAGCUUCAUGGUGGUUUUCAACACUCCCAGCCCCCUCAGCAAGAUCUCCUGGGUCAACCGGCUGCACCUGGCCCAGAUUGCGCAGCGAGAGGAGAACACACCAGGAUGGUUCUGUGCAGAGGAUGAAGGGAAGACCAUGUCACCAUUUUGUCCUUUACUGGCCUGCCGUGUGCCUGUCUUUACCACCAAAUCCUCGGACAGGAAGUUUGAAGCUGCCCUUCACAAUCCAGAACAGUUCUCUGCAGGGUGCACCUUGCAACCUGAAGGCUACCUCUGGGUGCCCAGCGGAGGAGAUGUCACCCAGGGGCAGGUGGAGAUAUUCUCCCUGAACAGGCCCACACUGCGCCUAGUGAAUAGCCUCCAGGUGGGGGCCCCAGUGAGGUGUCUGGAGUAUGUGCCUGAACCCAGACCCUCAGAGGAGGUGGAGGCUGUAGCCUUCAGGAGCUCUACUGCGGUGGGGAACACCAUCUGUUUAGGACUAGAUGAUGGAAGCAUCCUGGUGUAUGGCAGUGUGAACACUGAGGCCCAGUGCCUGUUGAACCUGCGGAACCCUCAUAGCUGCCCUGUUCUGUGCCUCAAACACUGCACCAACUUCCUGUUUGCUGGGCUCAGGGAUGGAACCAUGAUGGUCUAUGGAAGAAGUAAUGGAGGUGAGUUGUGGGAGCCAGACUCCAGCAGGACUGUUAUUGUGGGCCCAGAGCCGGUGAGGACACUUCUGGUACUGGAGGACUCUAUGUGGGCCAGCUGUGCCAACUCUGUGACCAUCAUCGAGGGCUCCAGCCUUGCCACCCAGAGGUUUGAGGUACACCCAGACCCCAUGGUGACCGUGGCCCAUAUGGUGCGGGCUGGGGGAGGAGUUUGGAUGGCCUUUAGUGAGGGCUCUUCUAUUCGCCUGUUCCACACUGAGACACGGGAGCAUCUGCAGGAAAUCAUCAUCUCCACGCGAGUAUCUUUGUACAACCCAGGCCAGAAGAUCAUGCAUGUCACCAGCCUGCUCAUCCACCAGGGGCUGCUGUGGGUGGGCACUGUUCAGGGAAUCAUCAUCACUCUGCCUGUGUCCAAACAGGAGGGCAUCCCCAAAAUAACAGGAAAGGGGAUGACCUCUCUGAAUGCUCACUGUGGUCCGGUGGACUUCCUGGUGGCCACGUCCAGCACCCUGUCCCCAGAGCUACUGAAGAGGGAUUCUGUGGCGGACGGACCCGACUCUGCCUGCGGAGAGGAGGACCGCAGUUACUCCUCCUCCCAGGAGUCUCUGCCGCAAUCAGGCUCCUCCGAGGGGGAGGGGGGGGGCAAGGGGCGGGGUGUGCUGCUACACUCCCGGUUGCACUCCACUUCAGGGUUGCCAGGACGACCGCUAACGGUGAGGGGCGAUGAAGCAUCCGACUCCUCCCAGGAGUCUUUGGAGCACAGCCUGGAGGACGGCUCAAUCUAUGAGUUCAGUGACGACCCAGAGAUGUGGGUGCAGGGACGCCCUUGUGAGCGGGACGAAGGGCGCAGGGACAGAGUGAUUUCGGCAGCGGUCAUAUCUGGGGGGAGGGGUUUCCACAGACUGAGGGAAGGGACAACUGAGCGGGCGGGGGUGGAGUCUUCAGAAACAACCCUGAUGAUGUGGGAACUACCACUGACAGUGUGA